CCUGCUACAACACUGUUUUCGCCUAUAUAUACAGUUAACAGUUUCUAAGACGGCUGCCAGUCUAGCCUCUCCAACCCUUGUUUGAAGCAAAGCAACAUAACAAACGUCUUUCCUAUCUCUCCACAGGGACUUGAGAGGGUACAACUGACACAAAUGUAAGUCUGGUGAUGGGUCGCGUACAACCACUGCAGGUGAUGAUGUGGUUGUUGACAGUGGCAGCAGUGAUGUUAUCCGUGAACACGAAGAUGACUGUGGGCAGGAGCAUUGAAGGCGAAACAAGGGAGCCGGCUACUAAUGCCACAGAUGUUCCUGAGUCCUGUAUGGCACGACUUCUUCAUCUUCUACCGUCAACUGCUUUGAGUCUGAGCAUCCAGAAUACGGAGACACUCCUUAAAGGUCUUCGUCAACCCAUUGAUGAGCUGAAUGCCCACAAUGCGAACAUUGUGUUUCUGUCUGCACUGUUGGAUGGGCGACGGAACGCUGAUUUGUUGAUACAAUGCCUCACCGGGCAACAAGCACAAUGCCGUCAAAGUCACCCUUGCAGCCAUGCCGGACGGUGCAUUUUCAAAAGUAUUGGGCAGGAGAAGGCUGCAUACAUUUGCCAAUGCGAUGAUGGUUACAGAGGGAGGUUUUGCCAGACAGCACCGCCAUCCUGUUCUGGUAAUCCAUGUCAGAACGGUGCAACAUGUCAACAGAGAGGAUCGUCAUUUCAUUGUCACUGUCCACCUCUGUAUACCGGACAACGCUGCGAAGAAAAGUUGCUGGAUGCAAGAACGUUCCGAAAGUACGCAAACACAGUGCAUCAAAUCAGUGAUCAGAUGAAGAACCUGGAGCGAGGGAUAGACGCAGCGAGACAUGACGACGUCAGUCGGAUCGAAACCUUUCUCCUGAGACUUGAGCAAAAAGUCAUGACUAAGUUCAAUUCCACUUUGACUCAGCUCUCAUCUGAAGUUGUAGCACUGAAUCACUGCCUGGAUGAAGGCCAGGGAAAUCAAGAAGCAAAUGCGUCGUGUGAACGAACUAACCACGGGCAAUCAGGAUUGUUCACUGGUACAACACCGAAUACGACAUUCACUGCAUACUGUGAUCGAGAGACUGAUGGAGGUGGCUGGAUUGUGUUUCAGAGAAGACAAGAUGGCUCAGUGGACUUUUACCGUGACUGGAAUGCAUACAAACGAGGAUUCGGAUCAGCUUCUGGAGAGUUCUGGCUGGGUCUAGAUACACUACACUAUCUGACGUCACAAGCUGGUAGUACUUAUGAACUGCGUAUUGAUAUGGUGUUCAAGACAACUGGAGAGAAGCAUUAUGCCAAGUGGUCAACAUUCCGUGUUGAAGGUGAAGCUAACAAUUACAGACUACAUGUUUCAGGAUCCUCAAGCCUUACAUUGCAAGACAGAAUGACUUACUUCAAUGGACAGCAGUUCAGUACUCGAGACCGUGAUCAUGACUCUUACCAUGGAGACUGUUCCAAUGAAUACAAGGGUGGUUGGUGGUAUAACAGCUGUCACAAUGUCAAUGUCAAUGGAUUGUAUGGACGUAGUGAUGGAGACGCAAGAGGUGCAGUGUACAAUCAUAACGGGUACAAGAGUUUGAAGUUUGUGGAAAUGAAGCUAAGAAGGCGUGGAUAAAACCGAAUGCACUACUAGAUUCACUACACACACUCUGCUCAUUUGCUUUCAAAUGCAACAUUAUGCACUUUUAAACGUUUCCACUGGUCUCCUCUUUUCAUGAUGGCUUAUCUCUAUCCUUGGAAAUAUGUUGUACCUCUUUCCGCCCAUACAUUUCUUUUGCAGGAGAGUCAGCCUGCAACUCGAUUCUUAAUCUCCGGGUUCCAAAAAGCCAGUAUUGCUUAUGUUUAACAUAAUAAUUAUUAAUACGCACAUGCACAAAGGGAGUAUUUACCAUUUCAGGGCAUUGCGCGCAUCUUCAUAACCAGCUGCUCCGCCACCAUACAACACAUUGAUCUCCUAGGAGCGCUUUCGUUUUAUACUUCUUAUCAGCGAGCCAUCGUGGUUACAAGAAUACAAUCACUCUUUCUAAUAUACUGUACUUUUCCUGUCUACUACAAUCACCCGCAUUCUCUCACUAACCACCUGCACAUUAACCAUCUAGCGCUAUACACUUUACCAGCUGUUUUCAGACACACUGUAGAAUGACUCACGAGCAAAAGCUGAAGUUCAA